AGUUGAAGCACUGAAUAGAUGGAGUUAUCCUCUUAAACCCUUUCCUCCUCCGGUGUGUUAGAGAGCUUUGAUUCGUCUCGCGGGAUGAACCUACAAAGAAAUCGAUGGCUGGAAGUGAUCGCUUACUAGGGUUUUUGUUUCAUUUGGGGGGAAAGGCAAAAAAGGUAAAGGCUGUAGGCCUUGCUUCAUCUGAUUGGUCCUUCCGACAUCUGCUCAGAGCUGCCGCAAUUCAAUUGAAGCAGUCGUAGAUCGCGGCUUCAACAGAGCUUGCAAGAAUAAUUGUGCCUUGAAGGAAUGGAAUCAUAUCCUGGUGGUACAAAUACAAAUACAGCAGAUCCGAGCGUACAAACGGCUUUACUAGCCACAAUCAAUGGUCAGCCAUGGUGGUGCGGUCCUGUUUUUGCUGCUGUGGGUACCUCCAAGUCACCCUCAGUUGGAAACGAGGCUGGCCAAUCACAACCAAGUGAUGGUGUGGACGACACAGGGGAUGCCAGUAAAGAGAGACAGAAUAUGGGCACAAGAGCAGAUGAGGGCCUUGGAGAGCAAAGGCAGAAUCUUCUGCCUACUUCAUCUGCCAUGACUUCAGUUAUGCCUGAGAUUCUCUCACAACAUGCCGAGCUGGAACUUGGUCAAUCGAUUGCUUGUGCUACAUAUCCAUUUACUGAUCCUUAUUUUGUUGGCGUAGUGGCUUCUUAUGGAACUCAAGCACUAAUGCAUCCUCAGCUUAUUAGAAUCCCCUACUCGCGCAUGCCUUUACCUCUUGAAAUGACAGAGGAACCAGUAUAUGUUAAUGCCAAGCAGUACCAUGGAAUCCUUAGGAGAAGACAAUCUCGUGCAAAGGCUGAGCUAGAGAAAAAUGUUAUAAAAGUUAGAAAGCCAUAUCUUCAUGAAUCGCGUCACUUACAUGCAACGAGGAGAACUAGGGGUUGUGGCGGUCGUUUUCUUAACACCAAGAAGACCGAUGAUGCCACUAAAACCGAGACACAGCAGGGUUCAACUCCUAAUUCACCUCUUCCCACGCAGUCAGUUGGCUCCUCGACUUCACUGACCUCCGAUUGCUCAGAUAAUGCAAAUCCAUCCAGCCCCAUGCAUGAAACAUCUGUUAGUUGAAAACAUGGCCACCAAGAACGUCCAGAAUCCCAGUUCUCAUCUUUCCAUCUGAAACCAGGUCAGAGAACAGAAGGUGGGGACUACACAGGAAAGCAGCAAGCUGGUAUCAUGGUGAAUUGUCCUCCUGGCAGGGCUGUGGUCACACAGUAAUUAUCUAUCUAGUUUGAGCAGUGACCGGGUCUUGCAGCAUCACCCUGUGAAUUGGUCCUAUCGGAUGCUCACUUUCUGAGAAUUAUCGGAUUGAUCUGGCAAAUAUGUAGGAGUGCAAUCUGGUGGCGCUGGCUCUGCUCGAGGGAAGUCUCAUAAAUCUGAUGCUUGCAGGCAAUUCAUUCUUGGCUUUUAUCCUUUUCAUUUUCUUUGGUGUAGUUGUGGGAGAAAAAGAAGACGGGAUACAUCAGUGCAGGUUCAUCUGGUUGAAUAGGUACUUUGAACCAUCUCUCUAGGCUUCUUUAUCUCGUGUCAAAUGUUAAGACUCACUGUUGAAGAACAAAUUGCUACUGGGUGUAGUGGUGCUUACUGAAUGAAAAAGAAAAAAAACAACUAAGAGACGUGAAUCUUUGUACUUGA